UGUACAAGCUAUUCUGAAAGAAUACCGCGGCUGUUGAGGUGAAGUCUAUGAAAUACGUGAUGUCUUCAAAAUGGUUUAAUCAGUGAAAGACGAUUGAAGUGUUCCGAUUUAGUUUGAUAUGUGAACUGUUUAGAGCUACAUGUACGAAUGAUAGAAAAGUAACGGUUGCGUGUUAUCAGUUUAGGAAUUUUGUUCGCUAGCAGUAGCUACCUAGCUAGCAAGCCACCUUGAGGUCCUGUCUCUUUCUUGGCAUUCUAGCCUGUAUUGUGGUAUGGGUUCCUAGCUUGACGACGAAACUCAGUACAGUGAAAUUUCAUUAUCUAAUUUUUCGCAUUGGUUUAAUAUAAAAUAAGUUGUUAGGUAACGACGUUAAACGCUUGUCUGUAGAAGAAAGUGGACAUUGAAGGACGACAGAACGUUCUCAGUGGCUUUUACAAGAAGAUUCCCAAACCAACUAUCAUGAACGGGUUCAGCACAGAAGAAGACAGUCACGAUGGACCUCCGGCUCCUCCGUUUUACGGCCAGACGUGUUGUUUGAUUGAGGAUGGUGAGCGCUGCGGACGAUCAGCUGGAAACGCUUCCUUCAGCAAGCGGAUCCAGAAAAGCAUAUCGCAGAAAAAACUAAAGCUGGACAUCGACAAAAGCGUUCGACACCUCUACAUAUGCGACUUCCACAAAAACUUCAUCCAGAGUGUCCGUAACAAAAGGAAGAGGAAGACGAGUGACGACGGAGGGGAGUCUCCUGAUCAUGAUGUGGAAGUGCCAGAGGUGGACCUGUUCCAGCUUCAGGUAAACACGCUGAGACGCUACAAGAGACACUACAAGCUCCAGACCAGACCUGGCUUGAACAAGGCCCAACUGGCUGAGACUGUCAGUCGCCACUUCCGGAAUAUCCCAGUGAACGAGAAGGAGACUCUCACAUACUUUAUUUAUAUGGUGAAGAGCAGCAAAAGCCGACUGGACCAGAAAUCGGAGGGCAGCAAACAGCUGGAAUAAAGGCCACCAAUAAGUCUUGGACAUGAGCACGUGUGUUUGAUGAAAAGGUGUUUCCGCCAGGCAGCCUAAUCUGAUUUCAGACUGUUGUCAAGACUCUCCGCAGGGUAAUGUAAUUCUGUAAUGUGAAUAUGCCGAUAUGUACAAAAUACGCAGAGUAUAAAGAUAUCAGCAACACGAUAGAAUGCAAUGUAUGAGAACUGCCUUAAAGAUUUGUUUGUAUUUUUUGUAUUUUGCAUGGACUGUUAACAACUUUAAGAAAGGCUUGUGUCAAACCAGAGUGUGCAAACUUAAUAUUUCAAUAAACUAGUCAUGGAGCAUUUUGUGAAUGAAAAGAUGGUGGAUAAGGUUUUGGGAAGCGUUGCACAUUUUCUGGUGUCCAACUAGAAUUUAAGCAAUAAGGCCCGAGGGGGUGUGGUAUAUGGCCAAUAUACCAUGGCUAAGGGCUGUUCUUAUGCAUGACGCAAAGCAGAGUGCCUGGAUACAGCCCUUAGCCGUGGUAUAUUGGCCAUAUCACACAAACCCCUGAGGUGCCUUAUUGCUAUUAUAAACUGGUUAACAACGUAAUUAGAGCAGUACAAAUAAAUGUUGUCAUACCCGUGGUAUACGGUCUGAUAUACCACAGCUGUUGGCCAAUCAACAUUCAGGGCUCGAACAACCCAGUUUUAUAAUACUCAUCCAGUGUUAUGACAUACAUGGGAUGACUGAAGUUGAAUGAUGUAGCAUUUGGCCCUGACCCUUUUUUACAUUUUACAUUGACUUUACCCGCUCUUUCCCGUCUUAUACACUGAAACACACUGCAGAUUGAAAUGGCGUUUCAGUGAAUACCAAGCUCUUUUCAAGUAUUGGUGGAAAUGUUAUGUCUGACUUUUUUCUUUACUACAUUUUCUACUUUUUUGUGAGAUGUCAGUACAGUACUUUAGUUCAUCCUUGAUUGUAAGGUCUCUGUAAAGUUGUGUGUGUCUGGUGGAAAGUAACUUUCAGUCUGUUCAUUUUCAUGGUUUCAGCUUUUGAGACUAAUUUAAAGCAAUUAAUUGAACUUGUUCAUUAGGGGUUUAAAAUGCAUUAUUAUUAUUAUUAUUAUUACUACUACUAUUAUAUUAUUUCAGAAGAAUUGUUGCUGUACUAACACAAGCACGUAGAACGUCUCAACUUGAGAGCAAUGAACCAUAUUUGAACCACCUAAAUAGUUUUCACAGUGCACACAAGCACUGGCUGUACUUUGCCUUAGUGUUCACAAUACAUUUGUUCUAUUCUAUUGCAAUGUAUUUCUGUGGAAUCAUGUCACCCUCAGCUGUCAAGUCUAUUUCCUCUCCUGGCACAGUGUUGAAAUUAUGUGUGUGUCUCGUGGGCACGCAACCACACGAUAACACUACCUACCGCUUAUUGAAGAUGGGAGUUGUAAAAAAAUUUAAAUAAAAUGUUUUUGCUUUCUCUCUAUCACUAAUUGGGAUUUUCUUGUUCACUUCAACACUGCUGUAUGCGCGCUGUUUUGUUUGUCAGUGGUCUUUUCACAGAUGAUGCUAUGCCUUAGUAUUGAUUAGGUUCUCUGUCCCAGACCUUAUUUAAGUCCAACGUAAUAAGUUAUGUCUACUGUUUUCCAUCUUACACCAUCAAUUAGUCAUGUCAAAUGUGUCAUUUGCUGAACUAUCGAUGGCUUUUUUUUGUUUUUGCUUGUAGGUUUAUAGUGUCAGAUUUCCCUCUUCUUCUUUUUUUUCUCCUAUGUUAGCAUAUUGGCUGUGCUGCUUAACCCAAUUGUUGUAUUAUAGAAGACACAUUUAUUUAAAUAUGGCUGCUUAUUGCUUUUAAUAAAUGUAUUGUACAUAA